AUGAGUUCCAUCAAGCGGCGUCUGAUCUACGUAGCGGAUGAGAGUGAGAGUGUGUUGCAAGGCCUCAGCGGCACCCCCCCAAUGCGGCCUUCCCGACUUUCCUUCCUCCCUCCCAUUUCCUCCUCGCCGGAGUUGAGCGGUGACGAGGGUGAGGGCGACCUCGCUAAGGGCGCACUGCAAGUCGAUCCAUCGAUUUUAAUCUCCUACGACGGGUUUCUCCUCGUGGACGGUUCGGGGAAGAUUUCCGUUCCGCGAAACGAAAUGGAGGCCGUGCGUAUUCUCGAUGCGCUCCGCAGCUGCAGCACCUUCCUACGCGAGUAUCUCCACCAAAACGCGAGCAGCGACGACGCCGGGGAGUCUUCUUCUUCUUUUUCCUCCUCAGAGCUCAACAUCUUUACCGAGGAGGAGGAGGAGGAAGAGGAAGAAGACAACUCCUGGAGGAAGAAAUCGAAGGCGCGAGGGAAACGAACGCAGCGGCGGCCGCCGGCGAAGAAGCAGCGUCCGCCACGCCAACCUCCGCGUAAGAAAGAAACCCCACACCGCGGCGAGGUGGAUCGGGGGGCGAUCCAAGCGAAUCACUCCUCGGACGUUUUUGGAAGUAAGGAGGGCGAGAAAAAUGAGGAACUCACGUCGGGUGUCCACUCUUCGCAUCCGCAGGGGUGGGGAUUUCCCAGGGAGGAGCCCGUGGAUAGCGGCCGGGGUGGCCUUUGGGGGGCGAUCGCGAGCGUCGGAUCGCUGCUUUUCCGGUCGCGCUCGCGCGCCUCCACCGGCGUGAUGGGGGAGCGAAAUACCGCGACCCCGCCUCGGAGCCUCGCCAAACGGCCGCGCAGCGCUUAG